CGUCCCCCGAUACCCGCGCUCGCACCCGUAGACAACCCUGAUUUGUGGAUGGAUUUCACCACGUCCAUCGUUCCACACCUCUCCCUCAUCUCCUCUCUCCUCCUUGCCGCCGCUACAAGACACUGCCAGGCGAAGUUUAGCACCUCAGCCUACGAUCCAGACGUCGAGGCGCCAGGACUGUGUGAUAUGCCCGUCGAUCCGCUUUGGGCGCAUUCCGUUCAUUGUGCUGCCUAUUUUCGUGGUGCGAAUUCCGGUGACGUUUUAGAUCCAACAACGAAGACACCCGACGGAGAAGAAGGAGGCCCGUCGUGGCGCAGGUCCCUACAGCACGUGUGCGUCGCCACACUCACCUCCUUCCUCUUCGGCUACCACACCGGAGUGGUGAACGAGCCGCUCGAGAGCAUCUCCGCUGACCUCGGCUUUGCCGGGCCUGUGGUGAGCAUAUGCUUGGGGGAGCGUUCGUCAGAUGCCUGUUUAGUGGCUCUGUUGCUGACGGAAUUGGUCUUUUCAGCUCAGUGUGUCACUCUUUAGGUCACAAGAUCAGAAGUAACAGACUGAUUUAACUUACAUGUCCUUAUGAACAUACAGAAACUGAUGGUUAACGAUAUUUGGUCGUGCCACCAACUGUUUGUUAUUUGUUCCAUGUGACUAUUACAGAAUUUUUAGUUUGUACAGAGGAUACAAGGGGGUUGUUUCACAUCUGAUUCAGCAUCUUCUUCAAGGUUACAUCUUCCCCUGUACUGAUAUAUUAGCUUUGCAGUUUGUAUUUAUUAGUGGCCAAAGAUUCAUGCUUGCUCCUUUCGCUGUUGCCCAUAGGUUUAGUUGAUUAUAAAAAGGUUAUUUAUAACUGGUAA